CCUUUUCUUUUUUUACUGUUUGUCCUGGGUGGGUGAGCAGCUCUUUGGCUCUUUUGCUCUUGGUGUGAUUGUUAUAUAGAGUGAGUGGUAUGGUUAAUUCUGUCACAGAGCAGUGAAAAAUGGGAUACUGAGUAUCAGAGCUGAUGUGGCACCAUCAGUGCUGACCAGGAGAGGUCCUGUGUUUUGCCAUGGGGAAGCACUGCCAGCUUCCUGUUAAACUAUUUUGGCCCUUUAAAACAUAAAAAAAUGGAUUGCUUUGCAAGGUAACAUGUAUAGCGUGAUACAGUUGGUGGCAGCUCUGCAUUACAGGUUGAGGUGCAUUGAAGGAUCUGUGAAUAUUGCAUAUUUUGUGUCCUGAUAAGCUAGAACUUGUCAGCCCUGCUCCACUUUCUCAUAGUCCCAGUGCUUCCCAGGCAAAAGCUGUAACUUGGAUUUGCCUGCUGGAGACAAGCAAGGCAUGAGCUGAGCUAAGAGGAAUUGGGAAUGGCAGACUCUAUCAGCAUAAAAAUAACAUUACUUAAUGACAAACAGGACAAAAGACUAUUUGAAAGAAUUGAGAAGACAACCUGGGAGAAAAUUAAAAUGAGAGGAGAGGGAAAACUGGGCUUUUGUUGUACAGAAGAAACAAAGUCUGAUGAGAGUGGGGAUUCAGGGAAGGGAAAUUGAGUUCAUUGUCACUGAACAUUUAUGAUGUGUGGAUGUAAUUUAUUUUACAGCUGCUCCUCGCCAAUUUUCUUUUUCUUUGGUCAGUUGUUAAAAAACAAAGCCAUCUGCCUUCUUUUCAUGUUAUGCUUGUUUACAUAAACUGGAUGAAUAUUCUCUGAAUGUGAAGUGCAUGUUCUGCAUGACUCUGCUUUCAUUUCUCUUUUUUUUCUUUUUUCCUCCUGUUUUAUUCUGCAGAUUCCACCAAUCUGCAGGCAAGGAUCAUGGCACAGUCUGGGAGGGAACUAUUCAAGACCAUUAUUGGAGCAUUCAGAGAUCCUGCCCAGGUGGCAACUGAUGGAGAAGAGGAUGUGUUGGCAUGGCCAUGCUGGUGGAGGGCUUCACACAGAUCCAAAGGAAGGGCUGAAGGAGAUCGAUGCCAAGAAGAUCAUCAGGGCAAUGCUGUCCUACGUGUGGCCCAAAGACAGGCCCGACCUGCAGGCCAGGGUCGCCAUUUCCCUGGCCUUUCUGGCAAGUGCCAAGGCCAUGAAUAUAUUGGUUCCCUUCAUGUUCAAAUAUGCAGUGGACAACCUCAACCAGGUGUCUGGGAACGUGCUCAACCUCGGCGAUGCCCCAAGCUCUGUGGCCACCCUGGCAACUGCUGUCCUCGUGGGCUAUGGUAUCUCAAGAGCUGGGGCAGCCUUAUUUAAUGAAGCGAGAAAUGCAGUGUUUGGGAAAGUAGCUCAAAAUUCAAUCAGGAGGAUUGCCAAGAAUGUUUUCCUGCACCUUCACAACCUGGAUCUGGCCUUCCAUCUAAGCAGGCAAACAGGAGCUCUGUCAAAAACCAUCGACAGAGGCACCAGGGGCAUCAGCUUUGUUCUCAGUGCUUUAGUGUUUAACCUGGGACCCACAAUGUUCGAAGUGGCUCUGGUCAGUGGAAUUCUGUAUUACAAAUGCGGUGCUGAGUUUGCUUUGGUGACUCUGGGGACACUGGGAGCCUACGCAGCGUUCACGAUAGGAGUCACACAGUGGAGGACAAAGUUUCGGAUAGAAAUGAACAAAGCUGACAAUGAUGCUGGCAAUGCUGCCAUUGACUCGCUCCUGAAUUAUGAGACUGUGAAGUAUUUCAAUAACGAAAAAUACGAAGCCCAACGGUAUGAUGAGUUCCUGAAGACUUAUGAAAAAGCCUCCCUGAAGACUACCUCUACUUUAGCUCUCCUCAACUUUGGCCAGAGUGCUAUAUUUAGUGUUGGUUUAACAGCCAUCAUGGUGCUCGCCAGCCAGGGCAUUAUUGCAGGCAGCCUUUCUGUUGGAGAUCUGGUAAUGGUGAAUGGAUUGCUGUUCCAACUUUCUCUGCCCCUGAACUUCCUGGGAACAGUGUACAGAGAGACAAGACAAGCACUGAUAGAUAUGAAUACCUUGUUUACACUUCUCAGUGUAGAUACCAAAAUUAAAGACAAAGAGCUGGCUGCACCCCUGCAGAUCACCCCCCAGACUGCUUCCAUUGCCUUUGACAAUGUGCAUUUUCAAUAUCUGGAGGGGCAGAAAGUCCUUGCCGGAGUGUCCUUUGAAGUCCCUGCAGGAAAGAAAGUGGCCAUUGUAGGAGGUAGUGGGUCAGGGAAAAGCACCAUUGUGAGGUUAUUAUUUCGUUUCUAUGAACCUCAGAAAGGAAAUAUUUAUGUUGCUGGACAGAACAUUCAAGAUGUCAGUUUGGAAAGUCUGAGAAAGGCAAUAGGAGUUGUGCCUCAGGAUCCUGUUCUCUUCCAUAACACCAUCUACUACAACCUGCUCUAUGGCAACACGGGGGCCACGGCAGAGGAGGUGUACGCGGUGGCCAAGCUGGCAGGGAUCCACGAUGCCAUCCUGAGGAUGCCCAAGGGCUACGACACCCAGGUCGGGGAGCGAGGACUCAAACUCUCAGGAGGAGAAAAGCAAAGAGUUGCAAUUGCUAGAGCAAUGUUAAAGGAGCCACUUAUUUUUCUCUAUGAUGAAGCCACAUCAUCUUUAGAUUCAAUUACAGAAGAGAAUAUUCUCAAAGCCAUGAGGGCCAUGGUGAAGCACCGGACGUCGAUUUUCAUUGCCCACAGGUUGUCCACGGUGGUGGAUGCAGAUGAGAUCAUCGUGCUGGAUCAGGGUAAAGUCGCAGAACGUGGCAGGCACGCAGAGCUCCUGGCAAAUCCCAGCAAUCUCUACUAUGAGAUGUGGCACACACAGAGCAGCAAAGUGCUUCACAGUCACAACCACCCAAACUGGGAGGAGAGAAGUAGCCACACAUCCAAAGAGGAGGAAAGGAAGAAGCUAGAAGAAGAAAUUAUUAACAGUGUGAAAGGCUGUGGGAACUGUUCAUGCUGAAUAGGAUCUGGAUCUUGUAUAGUAGGUUAAAAAUGCACAAGAAUACAGUGAAAUACAGCUCUUGUUUUUAAGUCAGCA